AUGGGACUGCCCGCUCUGGAGUUCAGCGACUGCUAUCUGGACAGCCCGCAGUUCCGAGAGAGGCUCAAGUCUCACGAGCUGGAGCUGGACAAAACCAACAAGUUCAUCAAGGAGCUCAUCAAGGACGGCAAGGCGCUCAUUCAAGCCCUGAAAAAUCUCUCCACAGCACAGAGGAAGUUUGCUGACUCGCUGAACGAAUUCAAGUUCCAGUGCAUAGGGGACGCUGAAACAGAUGAUGAAAUGUGCAUUGCCAAGUCACUGCAGGAGUUUGCUGGCGUUCUGCAGAACCUCGAGGACGAGAGGACACGGAUGAUUGAGAAUGCGAACGACGUUCUGAUCACACCACUGGAGCGGUUCAGGAAGGAGCAGAUCGGAGCCGCCAAGGAGGCGAAGAAGAAAUACGACAAGGAGACUGAGAAAUACUGUGGCGUACUGGAGAAGCACCUCAGCCUGUCAGCGAAGAAGAAGGAGGCACACCUUCAUGAAGCAGACAGUCAGGUGGAUAACGUGAGGCAGCAUUUCUACGAGGUGUCACUGGAAUACGUGUUUAAAGUACAGGAGGUCCAGGAGAGGAAGAUGUUUGAGUUUGUGGAGCCGCUGCUGGCUUUUCUGCAGGGACUGUUCACAUAUUAUCACCAUGGGUACGAGCUGGCCAAAGACUUUAACCACUUCAAGACUGAUCUCACCAUCAGCAUCCAGAAUACGCGGAACCGGUUUGAGAGCACACGUUCGGAGGUGGAGAGUCUGAUGAAGAAGAUGAAGGAGAAUCCGCACGAGCACAAGAGCAUCAGUCCUCACACCAUGGAGGGGUACCUGUUCAUCCUGGAAAAACGUUCUUUUGUGUCUACGUGGGUGAAGUACUACUGCACUUACCAGCGGGAGCCCAAACGGCUCACCAUGGUUCUGUUUGACCAGAAAUCUGGAGGCAAAAUUGGAGAGGAGGAGAGCUUCAUCCUUAAAUCCUGCACCAGGAGGAAAACGGACUCCAUCGAGAAGAGGUUCUGCUUUGAUGUGGAGGCUGUAGACCGGCCUGGUGUGAUGAUAACCAUGCAGGCCCUAUCAGAAGAGGACCGCAGGCUGUGGAUGGAAGCUAUGGAUGGGAGAGAGCCAGUGUACAGUUUGAAUCAAGACAGCCAGAAUGAAGCCAUGGCCCAGUUGGACGUGAUUGGCUUCAAUGUGAUCAAGAAGUUCAUCUAUGCUGUAGAGACGAGAGGCAUUGAUGAGCAGGGAUUGUACAGAAUAGUUGGCGUCAACUCCAGAGUGCAGAAGCUGUUGAGCCUUGCAAUGGACCCCAAAACGUUUGCCGACGUAGAACUGGACAGCUCUGAGUGGGAGAUCAAGACCAUCACCAGCGCUAUCAAACACUACCUCAGGAUGCUACCUGCACCUCUGAUGACCUACCAGUACCAGAGGAGCUUCAUAAAAGCUGCCAAGUUAGAUAAUCCGGAGGCUCGUGUGGCUGAGAUCCACAGCAUUGUCCAUCGUCUCCCUGAGAAGAACAGGCAGAUGUUGGAGCUGCUGAUGAAACACCUGGCCAACGUGGCCAGCCACCACCAGCAGAACCUGAUGACGGUGGCCAACCUGGGCGUGGUGUUUGGCCCCACCCUGCUUCGGCCGCAGGAGGAGACAGUGGCUGCUAUCAUGGACAUCAAGUUCCAGAAUAUCGUGGUGGAGAUCUUGAUUGAGAACCAUGACAUGAUCUUCAAAGACACGCCGGCUCCUGGAGCUGGACAGACUGGCCAGCUCAACCUGCCCAGGAGAAAGAGCACAGAGAGCAAGGCCCCAUCCUGCAGCGAGAGACCUCUCACCCUCUUCCGCACCCCCACGCAUUCGGAGAAGGACAAAGCGGCAGUGGAGAAGUGCAACAGCGUGGUCCUGAACUCCAGUUCAGAAUCACAGUCAGCAUCACUCAACUGCAAUAGCACUCACAACUGGAGCAAGCUCAAUAACCUGACCAGCGCAGACGGAGACCAAGAAGGGCUUCUUGUGGCAAGACCUAGCCGCCCCAAUGCACUGCAGAAUCCCAAGGGCCGUGGCAGUAUUUCAACAAGCCCAGCUUCUCCCAGUCCCACCUCACCACGCUCCCCCUCCUGGCCGAUGUUCUCCGCCCCCUCCAGCCCCCAGCCGGCCUCCUGUACCUCCAGUGAAUCUUCCCCGCUCAGCCCCCCUCUGCGGAAGGCCCGUGCUCUGUACGCUUGCAAAGCUGAACAUGACUCAGAGCUGUCUUUCAUCGCAGGGACUAUAUUUGAGAACGUUCAUCCAUCAAGGGAACCAGGCUGGCUAGAGGGCACCUUGGAUGGACGAACUGGGUUAAUACCUGAGAACUAUGUGGAAUUUGUGUAGCUGCAGACUGGAAGAUGACAAGCUACUGCAAAGACUGAAGUAAAGACGAGGAAGAACCACAAGUUUUAAAAAAAAGGCCAUGAAUCCCAAAUCCAGAGGAAAGAUGUGUGUUUGUGUGUGUGUGUGUGAGAUUGAUGGUGAGAAUGCUUUGCCUCCUAAAAUGCACUGCCACUGCCUGAAGCGUCCUCGAAAGCUGACUUAUAGGAGAGCAAGUAAAAGAUUGGGACCAAGUCGUCGCUGCUUCUCCCACAAUCAAGGAACUGAGCUUUUUCCACGGGCUGCUUCAUCACAAACAGUGGAGAUUAUUUUCCCCCCAUGAACAUUAUAAAUGUGAGCGCUUGCUGUUUGCCCUUGUCAGCCUGAUUCUGGGACAAGACGGAAAAUGCACACUGCUUCCACGCAGUCUGUGGCUUUGGGAACGUCUCCAUCUUCCAUCCGUCACACCUUCCCAUGUGAUAUGUUUAGAACUACUAUGAGAAAGUUGUUAAUUAUGAAAACAAAGACUGAUUUUCGAAUGUCUGAACUUGCACUCUUUUGUAUUUAAGGAAGAGAUAUUUCAGAGUUCCUCUUCCUCUCCUUCUCUCAGCAGGUAUGUAAAAGGGUAAAAUGUAAAAUUAUUUUCAAUGUGAAUCUCUAUGGUCAUAUGUAAACCGCUCUUAUUUAUGAUGCAGUUCCUCGGUUGAGAUUUGUGUUCUCCUAAAGUGUAUUAACCUUGUAAAUAAUUGAGUCGAUAAGGUAUAAUUUUUAUGUAAAAAAAAAUUAUAUUUUGUACUCUAGCUUACUAACUUAAUUUUGUUUUCUUGGCAUCACAGUUUCCCUUUUUACAUUUUUAAAAAAUACAAUUCAAUUUUGGAGCCUUAAUGUUCUUUAGAAUAUUAAAUCAGAAGAUGAAUCGAGA